AUGAGAAAAUGUCUGGGAAGAUCGCGGAAGCAAAAUGCCGACUACGCCAUGUUAACAGGACUCCCUCAACUGGCGUUGGACUCGUACGCUGCCUCUAUGGACCUUCUUAAGUCCUCCAAUGACAUGCUGUGGUUUGCAGGGGCGUGUGAGGGAUGGGCAUGCGCUGCGAUGUCACUUCUUUAUGAUGGACUAUCAUCAUGUACAGCAAUGUAUCGCGUAGCAAGCAUGACUCCGGCACAAAUGAGAGACAUCACUACUCCUUCACUGGGAGCGGCUAUAAGUGCUGUUGCUACAUCACAGCAUUUGCUAGGGGCAUCCUUAGGACACCAGCGUCACCGUUCCGAUGAAAAUGCUCGCAUGACUGUUUCUGACGAUAGUAACGAUGGAAGUGAAGGUCGCCGAUCUCGCAUGCCAUGGGCAGUGCUUCGAGGGGAAAGGUCAAAGGAUAAAAUUGAACCCUCUGCAAUUAUCGAGAAGUUCGAGCAAGCAUUGGAACACUAUUCAAAAUAUUCUUUCGCCGCUAUGAUAGAAUACGAUUGUAUGAUGAAGGCCGUGUCGCUGUAUCGGUAUCAGCGGAUGUAUGUCGAUAUGGAAACCUUCCAUCGUGAUCACAUUGGCAAAUAUCUGGACGACAGUUUCACAAGAUUCGAUAACCAUACUAAAGCAGCUAUAUGCAGCAACUCGGCCGCAUUGUAUAGGGAGGUGGGAUUCCGGCGAAAGUGCUCAUUUUUUGCUCGCCUUGGGGUAUUGUUUCGACUUCAAAUUGCUGAUGGCGAGCAGAGAACCCCGCAAGACUACAGAGCUGUGUAUCCAAUCCUCUAUAGAACACUUCCUGGUUAUGGGAUAAAGGAAAACGUGCGUGAAGUCGCGGAGGAUGGAGUACUUAAAGGUCCUAUCCAACUGCAAAUAAAAGCCUUACAUGAGGUAUAUACGGCCGCUUCGCGAGCAGAGCUGACAGAUGCAGCUAUUCGACACCUUUGUCACUUGAUUCAGGUCUACUACGACGAUAUGGAGCCGUCAUUAGCAAAUCGAUUAUUCGAUGACCUUCAGAACUUCGUACGUAUUAAAGGAAGCCCACCACAGCUGAAUCAACGUAUAUCAGUGCCAGUUGGAAAUAUUAUCCUUCCUUCAAUCCAGCUGACGAGAUUUCCAGUGGUCAAUGAUCCUGUACUCUGUCCGCUUCCACCGCAUCUUGCUCCAACAGUUAUACAAGCUAAGGCUGGACAGCCACAGCUAUUUAUCUACUCUCCAUUUCAGCAGAAAAAAGCGUCAAACGAAAUUUAUUGGGUAGUGGACUGUCCCGGUGAAGUUUCAAUUCUAGUUUACAAUUGUCGACCUUACGAAUUAGUAGUGAGGGAGUUGUGUUUACUUGCUGAUGGCUGUGGUUUCGAGUCGGUUCCUGUGCGCCUUAUUCUUCCUGCAGCGAAUGAGGGAGCUCCCGCGAGGAUCAAGCUUAUUGGAGUUCCUAGAUUCCCGGGUUUGUUGACAAUUACGGGUUAUUGCUGCGAAGUAUUUGGUGUGAAAAAUGUUUGUAAACUUUUUGGACCGAAAGGACCACUGAAGGUGGAAGUUCUUCCGAUGUUAGCUGUUCUUCAACUCGAGUCCUCUUUACCCCGUGCUCCCAUAGAGGAAGAUCUGAACGAACGAAGCGCGGAGAUCACAGUAUACUCCGGGCAGCUGUUCGAGCACUCACUCACUGUAAGGAACAGCAGCUCUACCAUUGCGAUUCGUAAAGUGCUCCUUCAAGUAUGGCAACCAAAGGUUUCGGGUGGCCCUUCAAUGAUUGAACUGUCAAGUAAAGAUGAUGAUGGCUCGUUCUCACUUGCGCCACUGGAGGAAAAAGAGAUUAAGUUCAAAAUAUUUGGAAUCGAUCCCACGGCUACAGCCGAUGAUGAAGGCUCCGAGGAAAGGAUAGUCGAAAGUGUGCUUCCACUAGCGUCAACGUUAGCUGAAAUGACUCCUGACAGUGAAGCGCACGAUUUGAUACCGUACACUGGUCGCUUACUCACCUGUCAGUUCCUAUUUCAAUAUAUCGCUGAUGUUACCGGACCGAACGAAGAGUCAUAUGAAAGGACCGCCCGACUUUCGAUAGCUGUAUGUGUUGUGCCUGCAGUGACUGUAUCGGCUUGGCAUGUUCUACCCGGUGAUGGUCCUUUCACUAGAUAUAUCGUCGUUGAUGUGACUAAUAGUACAGAUAACGAUGCAGAACUAGUUUACAGUUCGAAUCGUAGAAUGAACGUACUCCCCAAGGAGACUUGUAGAGUUCCGCUUCUAUCUCCUUGCUGUUCUGAUGUCGCUGGGCGCGCAUUCCACGCAGCAACGCAGAAAGAUAGUCAUAUGAUGCAGAAGCUGGAGGUUGAAAAAUUGCGAGCAACGCUAGAGUUGCACGUUGCCAAACAUUUAGAUAUACGAUGGACGAUUCCAGCAAUGAAUUUGGAGGGACUGGUACCUGUUGGAGCACUCUUAUCAUCGGUAUCUCUACUGAAGCAACUGGUUUUGCCGGCCAUAUCGCUAGACAUCUCGGUUAAUGGCACGCCGUACUUGAGCGAAGAUGAUAUUUCUGUUGGAAUCGGUGAAAUUGUGCUCAUCAAAGUUGCAGUGAUUUCUUCACUGGAGUACGAUUUCGAUGGCAUCAUAACACUGGAAUGCUAUCAAGAAAUAUCUAGUUUCUUUGGAACUGUGGAUAAAAGCGAGAAUUUACUGGUGAUUGGACAACGGAAAAUCCCAUUCGUUGUACCAAAAAGUGUUCCGCAUGUGUCAAUCUCAUCACCGCGAUGA